GGCGGGCCCACAUCCCGCAGAAAUACUCCUCACCCCAGCACCCUCUCCCCCGUCCCGUCUCCGACUGCGACCAAAAAUCCCCCGCUCGCUUGGCCGCUCCGGCGAUCCCCUCCCCCGGCAGCGGAGGCGAAGCUCACUGUCGCAAUCGGCGCAGCUGAGCGGAGCCCUUGCCCGCCAUGACGGAGUACUGGGUGAGCCAAGGAAACAAAUGGUGUGACUUCUGUAAGAUUUACAUAGCUAAUAACCCGCUAAGCAUCAGAACACAUGAAAUCGGUAAGCGCCACAAGGACAAUGUCACUAAAAGAUUGGCAACCAUGCAAAAGGAGGGUGCUGCCAAAGAAAAGGAGCAGCAGCAAGCAGCCCGGGCCCUCAAGCAAAUAGAAGCUAAAGCUAAAAAGAGCUACCAAAAAGAUUUAGAGAACAGUCAAAGGAAUGUGGACGGUGACACUUCUGCGGCACCUGGAGAUGGAUGGGAAUUCGACUCUACUUCAGGAUACUAUUAUGACAAAUCUACUGGACUCUAUUUUGACUCAAAUUCUGGUUUCUACUAUUCUGACGGUUUAGGUAAAUGGGUCACUCAGGAAGAGGCAUACGCAUGGGCAAAAACCUCCCAAGCUAAUGCUGGGCAAUCCUCAAGUUCACAAACAAAACCAACUGCUUCAGUUGCGACUGUCCCCACAAUUAAAGGGGGCCAAGCUCCAGGUUUGGUCGUCAAGAAACCACUGAAUCCGAUGAGAACUGUAAAGGGUGCUCCAUCCGCCAUUGCUGUUAACAAGAGAAAAAGAGAGGACGGCAAGCCCAAAGUGAUCUCAAAGGAGGAGGAAGCCGCCCUUAAAGCGCGUGAAGCAGCAAGAAAAAGAAUGGAGGAUAGGGAGAAGCCCUUAAUGGGACUAUACAGAUCGUACUAAGGGGCCUCCCCAUAAGAAAUGCUAAUGGAUGGAUUGUUCUGUAAAAGAAGAUUUGCGAGAUUAUUAGCGUUGGGUGUCUUCAAGAGCGUCUUCUGCAUCAGGGAAGCAUGUCUGUAGUGUACAAUAUCUCUGGUACCAACAAUAUCCUGAAUUGGAUAAAUUCCCUUUCCUGAAACUGUUAUCUGUGAAACAUGUAAAGUACUAUACAUUCGUCAGCAUUUCUUUUGCUCUUUCACACUGGAUACACUGUAGAAAUGACGACCUUUGCGAUCAACUUUACAGGAAAAAGAAUAUCUUUACCAUGCCU